AUGGCAGAGUCAGCGGUGAGUCUUGUUAUUGACAAGUUGGCUCCAUUGCUAACUCAAGAGGCGAUUCUAUUGAAAGGUGUCCAUAAAGAAGUCGAAGAAAUCAAAGAUGAUCUGGAAGCCAUUAGAGCUUUCUUAAAAGAUGCAGAUUCAAUGGCAGAGAAAGAAGGUGUCAGCGACAGUGUUAAAGUAUGGGUAAAGCAAGCAAGGGAAGUAGCUUAUCAGAUUGAAGAUGUCGUUGAUGAAUACAUGCUUCACUUGGCACAGCAUCGGGAUCGACGUGGAUUUAUGGGCUUUUUACAUAGGCUAUCUUCCUUAGUUAUGAAAUGGAAGCCACGCCACGAGAUAGCAUCAGAGAUUCAAGAUGUUAGGAAAGCUCUUCAAAAUAUCAAGGACAGAAGUGCAGCAUUCCAGUUCAUUUCUUCAGAGCAAGGAGCAUCAAGUGGCCAUGCAAGAAACGUUAUAUUGCAUGAUCCCCGACUAUAUUCUCUUUCCAUUGAAGAAGCAGAGCUUGUCGGGGCUGAAUCUUCAAGAAAUGAAUUGAUAAGUCACUUGGUAAGUGGAGUAUCUAACAGGAGAGUAUUAUCGGUGGUUGGACUUGGGGGAGUCGGCAAAAGCACUCUUGCAAGGAAAGUACAUGACAGCAAACAGGUGGAACGGCACUUUCCAUGCCGUGCUUGGAUCACCGUGUCUCAAUCUUAUGAUAGAAAGGAGCUACUAAGGAGUUUACUAAAGAAGUUUUAUGAAGGAAAAAAUGAAGCCUUUCCUCAAAGCAUUGCCGUGAUGGACGAUUCGUCAUUAAUUAACAAGCUUAGAGGAUAUUUACAACUAGAACGGUAUUUAGUUGUAUUUGAUGAUGUAUGGGAAGUUGGCUUCUGGGGAGAUGUGGAGCACGCCUUGCUAGAUAACGAUAAUGGGAGUAGAAUAUUGAUCACUACAAGAAAUGAGGAUGUUGCUACUUUUUGCAGGAGAUCUUCAUUGGUUCAUGUCCAUCAGAUGGAACCUCUACCUCAACAGGAGUCGUGGGAACUGUUUUGCAAGAAAGCAUUCAAGUUUGAGUUUGAAGGGAAAUGUCCGAAAGAUUUGGAGGAAUUGUCCCACAACAUUGUUCGAAGAUGUGGAGGACUGCCACUGGCAAUUGUGGCUGUUGGUGGACUUUUAGCAUCCAAAGAAAAGGUGGUCCUAGAAUGGAAAAAAAUUGCUCGAUAG